AUGCCCUAUAAAAGGCCAAGCUCGACCUCCCUCGAACCCCCUAAAACCCUACGCUCCAAACCCACCACAGCGCACGCCAUCGCCAUUCGCAUCUCGCCGCCGCCGCCUCGGUUCGCCGCCACGUUCGCCGCCGGGUUUGGUCGCCCAGGAACGACCGAAGCCUCCGCCCCGAGCAUCACCGCCCGCCGCCGGAGUUGCAGAGCACCAGGAGCCCCGCCGAGCUCGUCCCACUCGCCUCCGUCAUCUUCGACCAUCACCGAGACCACCCUCGACCUCGCCACGCUCCGCCGCAUCUCCCCGACGCCGCCGCCGCCGCCCAGGACCACCGGAGCAGCCGCGCCGUCCACGCUCGAGCCGCCGUCGUCCGUCGCCGUCGUCGCCACACUGUAA